CCUGAUUGAAGAGGUUGUCUGACGCCUCAAAUUCUGGUAAGGCUUUUUCAGCUUGACCGCCAUCACAGGUUUGUCACAUAAUUCCACCAGAAGGCCCUAAACUUUCUCCUUCCCUAGUCAUUGAUCAACCAGGUGCCGAACUUGGCUAAUUCGAUAUGACACCAUCUCUCAAGCGACGAAGAGAUUGCGACAAUGACACCGAGAAUGGUACUUCAAACAAGUAUUCCCAAAGACAAGCUGUCUGUUCCGAUGGAGAAUCUUCCCCUCAUUAUUUUGACCCCGGCAUGGAGUUAGACUGGCCAAGUGACACAAGUGGCAUUGGAGAUGACAUAUCAGUUGCAGAAGGGGGGUUCGGAGAGGAAAGAAUAUGCUACGGAGCGAUCCGCGGAGCCCAGGUUCUGCUGAAUCCUCAGACUCAGAUGCCCCAGGAGACGCAGCCAUGGGCCAGGUAUUGUUUAUUUAAGAUUGAGCCUGAUGGAAGAACUCACUACUUGGUCGGUGGCGGGGAACCCAAUUCAAAGAAGAGAUCCGUCCUUGACUGCGAUACAGCCGCGGUUCUGAUGCUCACAGCCGAAAAGGUCAGAAGCGUAUCAUUCACAGCCGUCCUCGGCGUUGAUAUGUUUCGUGGCAAGCGUAAGAAAUCUGGCAAGGGUUUGCCAGUAGAAGUGUCAGUCAACAUCUACGGUCCCAGAAGUUCGAUGAGCGAAGUUGAUGGAGUUCUGUCUGAGAUUGGCACUUAUCGCACUUAUUUACAACAUCCUGCAUUUAUGGAACCUGGUAUCCCAUACAUCAACCCGCAGUUCUUUUACCCGACUUCUCAGAAGACCGAUCUCAGACAUUUGGUUGGCUCAAGCUCCCAGGAGAGCGGCACCAAAUCCAAGAUUUCUGAAGAAGUCGAAGUUGUUAUGGAAUCCUUGGACGGUUGGUCCGAGGAUAUCACAGCAGCCAGGAGUAGAAUUGACGAUCUGCAACAAAUUCUGGAUCAGUUCCUGCUUACCACGAGAUUGAAAGAGUAUGCGAUCCAGCAGUCCAGAUUGCUUACUGUUGUUACAAUGAGGCUGAUACUGGGCACCAAUAGGCAUCAGCUCAAAGGCGUUGAGUUCAUUCUUGGCCGUGAGGACGACGAGGUAGCCACGCAAAUGCACAGACACAUGCUCAUGUCGAUCCAUCAUAGCUUGCUAUCUCACUCGGACCACCCAGGUCGUGGCGGAAUACUUGCAGAUGUGAUGGGCCUCGGCAAAACAUUAACUAUGCUGAGUGCCAUUCUUUGCUCAAAACAACUCUGCCAGUUAUCCGUCAGGGACAGCAUGAGCAAUAGUGACGCUCGUGAGAACUCACUACUGAACAUCACCCUUGUUGUUCUCCCAUCUCGACAGGUGCUCGAUGUUUGGCAAAAUGAAAUCGAUAGGCGAUUUCAACCUAACACAUUCAAAACUGUUACUUUCCACGGAGAUGCACGACCGAAGAAGCGAGAACUUCUUCUCGGCCAUGAUCUCGUCCUCACAACAUAUCACACGUUAGAGAAAGACCAUAGGGGCAGGGGAAUUUUGUGCUCUAUCAAGUGGUCGAGGAUUGUGCUCGAUGAAGCCCAUCAAAUACGAAACUCUUCGAUAAAACUGCAUAAAGCCGCAGCUGCCCUUGAAAGCGAUACCCGGUGGUGUCUUACCGGAACACCCAUCCAGAAUAGCUUUGACGACCUCAGAUCACUGUUAAAGUUCCUGCGAUUUGAGCCAUUCUGCCAGAGCAACUUGUUUGAACAACAUAUAGUGAAGCCAUUCAGGGAGGACCCGCCAAACGGAUCCGAAGAGUCCCGAAAUCUGAAGAUCAUGCUCAAAGUGUGUUGCCUAAGAAGAACGCAAGCGAAGCUAGACCUUCCAGCCAGUACCAUACACAAGAUCGGUGUAACGCCCACCGAGACUGAGAAUUCCAUGUUUACAAGCAUUCUAGAUCAAUGCAGGGAAGACUUUGACAAGAUGGCUGGUAAGGAAGGGAGCUCAAAGAAGUCUAACAUCUUGUUCUCAGCAAUCAUGAAGCUCAGGAGGGUUUGUAACCAUGGAGCUAUCCCAAUCAGCAGCUCCAGCUCAAGACAAACAAAUCAGCUGGCUGUUCCCAAGACAAAAGUAAAGGCCUCACGAUCGCCGAGUGCAGAGCCGGCGUGCGAGUUUUGUGACGAAAGGACUGGUGAUUUUGAUCUUGGUGGCUUCGACAGCUGUCCUAUUUGCGGCCGGCUUCAGUUUGAGAUCAACGACGAAGCCUCAUCCCUGGCGCUCUCGCCUUGGCCUACACCAUCUCCAACACCAUCCAUGAUGGAUCUAGAUAUACCGGAGCCUACUACCAGAGAGCUUUCUAGACAAUCAGGCAGCGACUUGAAACAACAAUCUUCGAAAAUGUCAGCACUUGUCAACAAUAUCAAGACGUCAUGUUUGGACGCGGGUUCCAAGAGUGUUGUGUUCUCGAGUUGGAGAGAUACUCUUGAUGUCCUGGCCACGAUAUUAGGUGCUGAAGGCAUUGACUUUGUUCAAGUUGAUGGGCGCAACCCGCUGGCGGGCCGAACAGAGCUACUCUCAAGAUUCUGCCAGGAUCCAGAAAUCCGAGUCCUUCUGAUAUCCAUCAACACUGGCGCAGUGGGUCUCACUCUCACACAAGCAAAUAUGGUUCAUAUCGUUGAGCCGCAGUGGAACCCAGCCAUAGAAGAACAAGCGAUCGCAAGAGUCAUCAGAAUGGGCCAGACUAGGCCAGUGACCAUCUUCAAGUACAUCACGGCUGGCUCCAUUGAGAACACGGUUGUUAAAAUGCAAGAAAAGAAGACACGGAUCAUAAAACUAUCGAUGCAAGACAAGGACGGCGCUGACGCUGAUGCGAACUUGGAUAGUUUCAAGUUUGCAAUUGAUCCCAACGAAUGGGGAGUUGUUUCAUGAAAACUUCACGACCGACACACCAUUCGUGGGAUAGUGAUUAUUAGAUCUAUGUCUCCUACCCUC